AUGAAAUAUGAACCAAUCACGCCAGAGCCAAGGUCGAAUGGGCGGGAAUUGUCUAGAAAUAGUAUAUCACCUCUUCUAUCCGGUAGUGUGCCAUUCAUAGUUAUUUUGGGAAUUAAACCCAUGGAGGAUAAGAACUUUAUGAAACAACAAAUUCGCCAUUGCUUACUGUAUGAGUUUCGAAAGAAAAGUACUGCUACAGAAGCAAUGAAAAACAUUUAUGAAGUGUAUCCAGAUGCAGCGAAAGCUCGUACAUGUCAGUUGUGGUUUAAAAAGUUUAAAGAUGGUGAUUGUGAUAUAUCCGACAAGCGACGUUCUGGAAGACGACCCACUCUGAAUGACUAUCUUUUGAAUGCGACCAUUGUAUCAGAUCCAUGUCAAAGGACCAGAUAUUUGGCACAAAAAUUUAAUGUUUCAUGUUUAGCUAUCCAUGAACAUCUCAAGCAAAUUGGAAAAACAUGCAAAGAAGGAAUUUGGGUUCCACAUGAGCUUACGCUUGAGAACCAAAGACAACGUUCCAUCUGCAGCAGUCUUCUAACCAGGAAUAACAACCUUUCAUUUCUGCAGCGCAUUGUUACAGCUGAUGAAAAAUAG